CUCGCCGGCGACGGGGCAGGCGGGCGGCUGGCGGCUGUGGCGCCGACAUGGCCGCGCUGGUGGAGCCGCUGGGGCUGGAGCGGGACGUGUCCCGGGCCGUGGAGCUCCUCGAGCGCCUCCAGCGCAGCGGGGAGCUGCCCCCGCAGAAGCUGCAGGCCCUCCAGCGAGUCCUGCAGAGCCGCUUCUGCUCCGCCAUCCGUGAGGUGUAUGAGCAGCUCUACGACACGCUGGACAUCACUGGCAGUGCUGAGAUACGGGCUCAUGCCACAGCCAAGGCCACCGUGGCUGCUUUCACAGCCAGUGAGGGCCAUGCACAUCCCAGGGUAGUGGAGCUGCCCAAGACAGAUGAGGGCCUGGGCUUCAACAUCAUGGGUGGCAAAGAGCAGAACUCGCCCAUCUACAUUUCCCGUGUCAUCCCUGGAGGAGUGGCCGAUCGCCAUGGAGGCCUCAAACGUGGGGACCAACUGCUGUCAGUGAAUGGUGUGGGCUGGGCAAGGGCAGCAGGCCCAGGCCCAGCGGUCUUGUGUGGCCCUGCCCUGCAGAGUGUUGAGGGUGAGCAGCAUGAGAAGGCGGUGGAGUUGCUGAAGGCGGCCCAGGGCUCGGUGAAGCUGGUGGUGCGUUACACACCUCGUGUGCUGGAGGAGAUGGAGGCCCGCUUUGAGAAGAUGCGCUCUGCGCGCAGGCGCCAGCAGCACCAGAGCUACUCGUCCUUAGAGUCACGAGGCUGAAAUCACAGAUCUGGACCUUCACCUUCACCCUGUCCCCCUGUACAGUAUUUAUUGUCACUGGUUCCUUAUUUAAAGAUCUUUGACCCUCA